UUGAUGUUGAUUUUGCAGUGGUCCAGAAAGGCCCCUCCAGUAUAUAUUUGAGGAGAAAAAAGAUGUGGAGAACAGACACAGAAUAGUCCUAAACAAUGUAACAUGGACUGCUGACUAAUCAGAAAAGCUGUGCUGUACUAUUAGCCAGGGAUUCUGAUGCUGCAAUGGAGGACUUCAGCACAGACGACUUAUUUCGAUUGAAAAGGAGGGACACGAUGGCCAAACCUUUCUACGCUCUGGCCAAUGCAACUGCAAACCACCGUUUCGAUGUAGACAACAUGGAGGAGCGUCAGAGGUUUGAGAGGAUGGUCAACGAGCAGAAGACCAAUGAUCUUGAGCAACAGGAGCUGUCAGGCAGGAGAAAACCAGCUUUAGUCAGAUCAAAGACCUUCGACCACUCUCUGCUGACUCAGGUCCAGCCAGAAUUAGACUCCAAGAUAGAGAGGAAGAAGUCUCACUACAGCCAGCUUUCAAAGAGCAACUGCCAGUACCAUAAAAUAUUUAAGGAGAUUAGCAAAGAGGAACAGCUGAGACAGAGUUACACCUGUGCUCUGCAGAAAGACAUCCUCUACCAGGGACGGAUGUUUGUCUCUGACCACUGGAUCUGUUUCCACUCCAAGGUGUUUGGCAAAGACACAAAGAUCGCCAUCCCAGUGAUGUCCGUCACGCACAUCAAGAAAACCAAAACUGCCAUCCUGCUGCCAAACGCUCUGGUGAUCGCCACCGCUAACGACAGGUAUGUUUUUGUGUCCUUCAUGUCCAGAGACAACACCUACAAGUUCUUGAUGUCCAUCUGUCUUCAUCUGGAGGUACAGACUGCCCACAUGCAGUCAUAUCCUUUUCUGUUAGACAGUUCUUGUCAGGAAAAGAGUCCGUGCAGCAGCCCCGUCCCCUCCUCAGCAAAGAACAGCUUCCGGGGUCAGAGGUCACCCCAGUCGCCUCACCUCUCUCUGAGUUUUCCAGGAGAUUUCUGUGAUAUGGACGUAGCAGUGAGUAAGAGGAGGCAGGAGAUGGAGGAGAGCAGCAGCUCGGACUCCCCCACCCCCGACUACGACAAGAUAGCAGAGUUCCCCGUUCCUCAGUUCCUGGAUGUGUUAAAGCACAAAGACAGUGGAGCCUCAACCGAUCAUCCAGACCCUGAGCACAAAGUGAAGACCCCCCCGCAGAACCAGCAGCAGAACCAGCAGAGCUCCGAAAAAAAGCAGCACAACAGGCCUCAAGCUGGCUCAGGGCUGGUGAUUGACAGCCGGACUCUGAAAUCAGUUUCUCUCAACACUCUGCUGUUCAUCUACCUGUUACUAGUGUGUGUCCUGGUUUUGUCUUCCUGUUACCUGGCCUUUAAGAUCAUCUCGUUGGAGCAGAGACUGACGACGCUCGGCUCUGUCACCGAGUUCACGCACCACGAAAAUGACUUUCUUCGGGGAAGUGAUGUUAACACAGAGCUUUUCUCUGAACUCCUUACCAUCAACCUGAUGAAGCUGGAGAAGGUGCAGAAGAACCUGCAGAGACUAUUGGACGAAGCUAGCUGAAUGUACUGGAAACCAGUACAUUGUGAUAUAAAGAGUUCUGUAAAUAUACUGUAAAUAUGUUGAUUAGUACGGUAGAUAAACAGGCAAUACUGAGAUGUAUUAACACAUUAACAUAAAGGGCUUUAAAAUGGUGAUACGCACAAACACUUUGUACUCUGUAGUAGGGUCCAGUGUUUCGCCUGUAAGUAGAUCCAGCAGUGAUGUCACAGUGUAGCCUACUGACACACCAUGGAGUACACACGUCUACAUCACUGAGGAAGUUGAACCACUGGUCAACAACAACACACAACUACCAGCUGCAGUUGCUGACCGAUCUGAUUAACUUUUCAUUGGCUGAAACAUGAUAGAAUAGUAUUACAAUAGUACUGCAUCAGUGUGAUGUACAGUACGUCUAACGAAAUGUAGUAGAAAUAGGCUCUGACACUUUAUGUAAUCUGUAUGGAAGGCAGUAACAGUACUUUAAAUCUAUCUCUCAGUGGAACAAAACCUAUGUUCAGCUCACGUUGCUGUACUUUUUCUUUAAAGUUUAGAGAACGUGUUUUUGACCCAUUUUCCUUUGACCUGUCACUUUGAACUCAGUUCUGUUGACAGUAUUGGAUCAAUGUGGUGUUCUCAUGGCUGGAUUUAUCUUGACUUUUGCCCAGUUUCAUGGCUGACACAUUUAAGACUGAAAAACAAUGCAGGACUUCAACCCUCGUCAUAACCCUUCAGUGGGUUUUCCUCGUGUUUAUCUCAUGCUGUACUUCAUUUCUGAAAUAAAAAUGAAAACAGCACAUAACCUCAAGUGCAAUUAAGUAGGACGUUAGCUGCUACCUCUGCCUUGAUGGGGACUCUAAUGGUCCUGGUCUUUCACAUUUAUGUGAAUGUGAGUAAGGUUUAUACAUUGCGUCCAUGUCCCUGCUGAGCAUAACACAAGCUGA